CAAGACAAAAGUGAAAUCUGUCAAUAAUUUAUUUAUAUGUCAAAGAUGAAGAUGGCCGAUGGAUCCACAAUUUUGCGAAGAAAUAGACCAGGAACGAAAGCAAAGGAUUUCAGUCACUGGCCAGAUGAACCUUUCGAAGAUAUGGAUAGCACCCUCGCAGUGCAACAAUACAUCCAACAACUCAUACGUCGUGACCCGAAUAACAUAGAUCUAAUAUUAAAAAUGCCCGAAUCGCAAGACGAAGGAGUAUGGAAAUAUGAGCAUCUAAGGCAAUUCUGCAUGGAGCUGAAUGGAUUAGCGGUUAGACUGCAAGGCGAAUGCCAUCCGGAAACUUGUACCCAAAUGACAGCCACUGAACAGUGGAUCUUCCUUUGUGCAGCACACAAAACUCCAAAAGAGUGUCCAGCGAUUGACUAUACGAGGCACACUUUAGAUGGAGCAGCUUGCUUAUUAAAUAGCAAUAAGUAUUUUCCAAGUCGAGUUAGUAUUAAGGAAUCAUCCGUUGCAAAGCUAGGAUCAGUAUGUAGAAGAGUAUAUCGAAUUUUUUCACACGCAUACUACCACCAUAGAUCGAUAUUUGACGAAUUCGAAACAGAGACUUGUUUAUGUAAACGGUUUACACAAUUUGUAACGAAAUACAAUUUGAUGUCCAAGGACAAUUUGAUUGUCCCUAUAUUGGAAGAAGAAAAUACACCUGGAGAAUCCGAGGCGUAAAUUUCUCGAAUGUGAACAUGUAUAAUAUGAGUUUUUUAAGAUGAAAGGAAUUUCUCGAGAUGACGAUAAAUACAUUGAUUCCGUUUAGCAAUUGUUGCUAUAAAAAGUGAGAUGUAAUAGAGCAGAUUCUUCUUUACAUUAGUCAAAUACAGGGUGUUAACAACAAGGUAGGUCAUUUUAAUCAUAUAUUCUGAUACCAAAAAUAGUUCGAUUGAACCUAACUUACCUUAGUACAAAUGUGUACAUACAGAAAGUUAAGUCAUUUGAAGUUACAAAAUGAAAAUCAAUUUUUUCCAAUAUAUCGAAAACUGUUCUUAUAUUGAAAAUGGACAUGUUGCUUUCUUAUGGUGGGAACAUCUAAAAAAUAUUUCAAUUAAAUUAUUAUUGUGGUACCAUUAGCUAAACGCAAUGUUUUUAAAACUUUUUGCCUCUUAGUAAUUUUUUGAGUAAAUAUAAUGUAAAUUACAUACAAAGAAAUUUUAUUAAAAGGUCUCUAUUUGGUGUAGUCAACACCGAACUUUGUGAAACCUGCAAUGUGGGGAGCGAAUUGGUUCACAUUUUUUAUGCUUGCAGUAAAUUUGAAAUACCCCCUUUCAAUCUGAAUGGUGAAAAACUUUACCCCCCUAUCAAUCUAUUCCAUUUGCGGUCAUUAAAUAUGUAUCAGGUGUACAAAAUUAUUCUUAAGUUUAUUAAACAUGUAACUUAAAACUUUAGUGUAGGUGUUAAGCUCGUUACCUUUGUUAUAUCGCCAAAUAUUUUACCUAUUUUUCCUAUUUACACUUUCCGUGGUCUACCCUUUCUGUCUGUCAGUCACCUUGAAUGACCCCUAGGUGCAAAAAGUAAUCCUAGUUCCUCUCCCCAUCAUAGUUCUUCUUUUAAUUUCCAGAAUAAUAGUGCAGUUAGUUUAGUUAAGUUACAUAUUUGCUACUGGUUGAAUGGGCACUUAAGCCCGAAGGCCAAACAACAAAAAAAAGGUCUCUAUAAUCAACUAUUUUCAAUGGGAAAUAAGCCACAAUUUUACCAAAAAAAAAUGAUUUUAUUAUUUUGACAAUGAUACCCGACUUGGGCGUCGAAACGUUAAUAAAAUCAUUUUUUUGGGAAAAUUGUGGCUUAUUUCCCAUUGAAAAUAGUUGAUUAUAAAAAUGCCACAAGGAAAUAGUUUCAGAAUAACAUUAAGGUCUCUAUAAUCUUACGAAACCAUUUACAAAUAUGUGGUGGAUUUUAGAAAUGUUCAAAAUAUUUCGAUAAAAACUGGCUUAUCGAAAAAGUACUAAGAAGAGGGAAAAAAGUUUUAAAAACAUUGUGUUUAACUAAUGGUGCCAGAAUAAUAAUUUCAUUGGAACGCACACAUUUGGGGGGUUUAAGGGCACGAAACCCUCAUAAAAUUGUUAUGGCGUGCACAAAUUUCACUGUUAUUUUUUUAAUAACAAUAAAAUCCCUAACAGUUUUUGAUAUAUGGGGUCUAUUGAAUAAAAAUAAGUAUUUGCUUUUACUUCCUCGUAUUUACUUAAUAGUAAUUGAAUAAAGCAUUAAAGAAAUGACUUUAUUCAAUUAGUAUUAAGUAUAUACUUAAAUACUUGUAAGUAAAAGCAAAUACUUCUUUUUAUUCAAUAGAUCCAUCUAUUGGAAAAAUCUAUUUUCAUUGUGUAACUUCAAAGGUCUGUAACUUUUUUUAUGUGCACAUUUGUACUAAGGUAAGUUGGGUUCAUUCAAACUAAUAAUUUAUGACCUAUCUUUUUGUUACACCCUGUAUAUGGACGGAAUAGAUACAUCCUUGAUUUUUAAAUGUUCUAAGAGUUGUAAUGAUUUUUUAACGAGGUCCAUAUGUUCGACUGAAAAGGUACUGGAUUUGGGAGCUCAUUGAGUGGUUUAAUGCAGCGGUUCUCAACCUUUUUGAGUCAUGUACCACUUACAGUUCUAUAAGGAUAUGUACCACCAGUGGUACAUAUACCACAGAUUGAGAACCGCUGGUUUAAUGUAUUUAUUGUCAUACAAAAUCUAUUAUUGCAGUAUUUAUACAUAAUUGAUUUGUCAAAAGUAUCAUGUACUACAUAAAACAAACAAUAAACAAAGAAGAGAGAUAUUUUUAAAAUCAUGAACGCAUUUUUUGCAAUUUCUUAACAUGUUUUUCUAGUGUUUAAAAUAACUAACAAAGUCCGUUGACUUUGUUUUAAAAUAAUUAACUAUUUAUAUGGGAAAUAAGCCACAAUUAAAUUUAAAAAAAUAAUUUUAUUAACGUUUCGACGCCCAAAUCGGGUGUCGUUGUCAAAAUAAAAAAUACUACUAAAUUAAACAAAAAUGUUGCUUAGUAAAAUAUUCUUCUAAUAAUAAUUUAUUUAAUCUGACUCAUUUAUAUCGGCAAUUCAGACAUAUUAUAUUAUACAUUUUAAAGUAGAAGACUUUAAAAUGAUAUUGCCAAUAUUUAUGAGUUGCGUUCGUGGGACAACUUUACUGAGAGAUAGUUCAUUUGAUUACAUGAAAUCAACCCCAACUCACGAAUAACCGCCCCAAAAAAAUUAUAGCAUGUGAUCUGUCUUUACAAAGACAACCAAAUGCAACGGUGACAGUAAAAUUCUCGCGUUAGAGAUUCCAUAGUAAAUCACGAGGGAAAACCAGGAAAAAACCUCGUGAUACUAUCCCAACAUCGUAAGUAUUUGGUCUUACAUUUAGUUUACCCUCAAAACUAAUACCAAAUUCUGACUUUAAUAUGUUUAAAUUAUAAAUAAUAUUAAUAAUACAUAGAUAUACAAAAAGUAAUAAUAAAAUAAUAUAAAAUUUGUACUAACUCGAUAUGUUAUUGACUUACUAAUCGUGGUAUUUUCUUUCUAUUGACUUUAUAAAGAAAUCCGGGGUUGAACUACCCUGGUGAUGGGGUUAAUUAACUGGAGGCACUAUUUGGUCAUAACAUCUAUUUAUUUAUUCAACACUACUAAACAUACCAGUAACCAGCUGAUGAGCUUGAGGUCUAAAUAUCGAAUGAUGAAUAAUGAAUCACGAAUAACGAAUGAUAAAAGAAUGAUCGGCGAUGCUUCUCCUGAAUAUAUACAUAAACUUGCAAAUGUUGUUAUUUAGAUUGUUGACACAACUUGACCGUUAAAUAUUAAUAAUAUCGAAUGGCUGACAAAGCGUUCUUGAAAACUAGUGCACUAUGUUGGGCAAUCGGUGUCACCUAAUCAUUUUAAAACAACCGGCGAUGUUUGUUUUUAAGAUAUUUAAAAAUUAAAUGAAUAUGAGUUGCUUUUAUUUUGGAUGCUGAUAUAAUCCUGUACAACUUCCUUAAAUUUACUUAAAUAAAUUAUUAGAAGAAUUUUUUACUAAGCAACAACAUUUUUGUUGAUUUUAGUAGUAUUUUGACGACACCCGAUUUGGCUGUCGAAACGUUAAUAAAAUUAUUUUUUUCAAUUUAAUUGUGGCUUAUUUCCCAUCUAAAUAGUUAAUUAUUAUAAAAAUGCCACAAGGAAAUAGCUUCAGAACAUUUUUUUUCAUUUAUGCCUGGUUGCACCAACAAAUCUUAGCCCAGCUGUUUAUAGUAGGGUCACUUUAAGUUUCAUGUACGUUGCACCAUGAUUUUCUAUUCUUAUCUAUAAAAUCCAAGAUUCAAUGGUGCAACACAUAUGUUCGUAAAUCGAGCUUAAAGCAUGUCUUAAGAUCUGUUGGUGCAAGCAGGCAUUAGAUUCUUUAUUCAGUUCAUUCAUUUCCAGAACAUUCUGUCCCAUUGAUCACCAUUUCUUCUUGUGUUGCUCUUCUUUACAACGUAAUUGUUAGUUUCAAGUGCUGAAUACAAUUACAGUGGACUCUCUCUAUAACGAACAAGGAUAUUACGAGGUUUCGCUUAUAACGAGGUACAUUAGGUGUCCCAUGAAAUUCCUAUUUAACUAUAACCCUCUAACGAGCAAUAUUUGGUUAUAACGAGGAAAAAUGAAACCGAAGGAUACAGUAAUGGCUAUAAGUAAACACCCCAGUUGCCUGUAUAAAGAAAUUCCCAACUUCUGUGUUAUUAUCGAGGUAAGUGCUGUAAUAUGCUUCGCCGCCUGCAAUAAACUUCUUCCUGUGUAUCGACCGAUAUUGAAUAUUGUAGAAAAUUUACAAUUUAUGAUGGCGAGGUCUCAUUGUUCACCAUCGACACCUAAUAAACUACAUAAGAGGCAUCAACACAUUUCAAUAUUAUUGUUGUCUGAUAUAACGAGAUCCGCUUAUGAGGUAAUUAGGCCGCCAUUUGAGUUCUCGUUAUAGAGGGAGUCUACUGUAGUAUGUUACCAAUUUGAUUUUAAAUACUAGAACAACAAAUGACCACAUUUGUUUUAAAAUAUGUAGUGUUAGCGGUUACCUUAUUUGAUUUAAAUGUAUAUGUAACUACAUAAUAUAAUAUUUUCCUUUGUAGAAAUUUUUUCCAUUUUAAAACCAAGAACUAACCACUGAUUUUGGUUUUCAUCCUAUUUUGUUCGCAAAAAUUUUACUUUUAAGUGAACUACAUUAUUUUUUAAACAAAAAUUCUAAUAACUCGACUAUUUGUCUCUCUAUUAUCUUAAUUAUCAUUAAGUGUAAUUAAUAAUAACUAAAAUCAGUUGGUAGUUCAUUGAUUUUUUAUAGAUCUAUUGAACAUGAUCGAACACAUACUUAUUUGAAAGUAGUUUUGUGUAUUUAGAUGAGAAACCUCUUCGUUUCAAGAUCUAUUCGCUCCUUGCGUGACCAUGGUGAGAAUACACGAAACUAUGCCAGCGUCCAUAGCGGCGAAAUAUGACAAUGGACAGCCUAAGUCUGACGUCACAAAUGUCACAAAAUUGGGAGGAGCUUAUAUUGACUCCAAACAACUUUGUUUGUAACGUUAAAUGGUCAUAUGGUCAUUUAUGUGCUUUGUGUGGCAAAAUAAGACUUCAUUUAGGUAUUUCGUUAAAGAAACGUGUUAAUUAAGGGAUUUUUAUUCGUUUUUGCUCAGGUGGUUUUUAUUCCUUAGUGGUUGAAAAUACUGUUUAUGUUGAAAAAACUGUUUAUGUUCUAAUCAUUGCAUUAAAUUAACUCACUAGGGCAAAAACGAAUAAACAUCUCUUAAUUGACACGUUUCUUUAACUAAAUACCUAAAUGAAAAGUCUUAUUUUGUCACACAAACCACGUAAACAAUAAAUUAAAAAUUCCUUAUGAGUGUUUAACAUUAUAAACAAAAUUGUUUGGAGUCAAAUAUAAGGUCCUCCCAAUUUUGGCGAAUUUUUGCAAUGUCAGUGUCAUUAUGUUCGUUUGCGGGCUCUGUCAGUGACUUUUAGUCCACGACAACGCAUGCGCACUUUAAUUCUUUUUUUAUUUAUUUAAUGUAUUAUCCUUUAUUGAUAAAUAUACCAGUAUAUUAAUAA